AUGACUAAUGUAACAGAUAGUGAUGAGGCCGAUGAUUCAAGGAGUAAUUCAUCAACUGGCAUCACCAGUAAGAUAAGAAAGCAACUGAAUUUUACCGACGAUUCUAAAUGGAAACAAUUCUCAAGUAGAAGAUUAGAAUUAAUUGAUAAAUUUAACCUUAGUGAACGUAAAGCGAGUGAACAAGAUCAACCUAUAAAACAAAUUGCUCAUAUCCUAAGAACAGAAUUCAAUUAUCCACUCCCGACUUCGAAUAAAUUCGAAAAAUUGGUAACAGCUGCUGUUCAAUCAGUAAGAAGAAAUAGAAAGCGUUCCAUAAAGAGACGUAAUGUGGCCCUUAUGAAGAAAAAUGCAAGUUUAAAUAAUCCUCGAAGUACAAUAACGGAUUUCGACAAUGAAUUCAGUUCAAACGUAUCUUCAAGCUCAACUUCCCCAACUCCUUCCAAUAUCCCUUUAAAUAACGGUACGCCAGAUCGUACCUGUAAUUUCCGCGGUCCAUCCAUUGUAUCCAUAAAUGCAUCAACUAAACUUCAACCAAUCUUACAUAAACCGUCUUUAGCAAGUAAAAAAUCAUCAUCACCACCAUUGUUAUCUAAUAAUAUUCAAAAUAUUAAUGGUAAAUACUCUUUACCGUUGCCUUUGCCGUUACAAAAUAAAUUAGACAUACCGUUUACACACAACCAAGCAAUAAAUACAAUCAAAAUCCCCUCAUGCGUAAUUCAGCCAAAAUUAUCGUCGAUUACAACGUCAGAUACGAGUUAUUAUUCCAAAGUAUUAAAAUCAAUGAUAUCUGAACUGCUCGAUAAUGUUGUACCACUUUCUGAACAAGAAGAGAAAGACAAAUUGACAUCAAAUAAUCUGGCUAAUAUUUUAUCAGAUGUGAAUCAAACAGGAAAUAGCUAUUUAAAACAAUCAGAGAUCCCAUUUUUUUUGAAAAAACAAAUACUGCGAAAGAUUCAACAAUCAAAGACAUGCUCUGGCAUAUCAAAAGCUUCAGAUAAUUUAAUUACUGACAUUACUUUUGCCAAUUUGAAAAUUUUGGGCAAAUCAUCUUUAAAAAUUUCAUUGUCCUAUAUCUUGGAGCGAUUUUUCAAUAAUGAUUCAAAAUCAAUGGAAUAUAUUUUAGAGAAAUUCUGGGAUCAAACAAAUCUGUCGCAACUAGCGGUAAAUCUUUUUCAGUCCUCAAUGAAAAAUUAUAAAAUACAAGAUUACCCAAUUAAUGACCUUCAGACUCAUCUGUUAUAUCUUUUAAUUGGUUCAAUAAUAAAAGAUUUUGGAUUCGAUGAUACGUUAUACCAAUUGGGCGAAAUUGCCUAUAGUAAUAUCAUGAUUAGAUAUCCCCUUACAUCAUCAAGAAAUACAGCCAUCUAUUCAACAUUACCAAUGAAUCCAGAAAAGGCAAAUGAAAAAUUAAAUAAAUCUGUCAUUAUUAAAUAUAAAGAUUCUUUCCAAGAAUUUAACUUCAAUUUAUUAACCAACAGUCCGCCAACAAUAAUGGAAAUUCUAGAAAACUGUUCCAAGCUAUUUAAAAUUGAAGACUUUAAAAAAUUUGGUAUCUUUCACAACAAUGAAUUGACCGAAAAUGAUGGACAACUCAACCAGUUAUUCAAAGAUUUGAAUUGCCUGAAAUUGUCAUUAGAAUUACGCGAAAUUCAGUAA